UCUCCUUUCCUUUAUUGUUUCGUGAUGAUUAAUUAAUAGUGAAUAAAUGUUGCAUUUUAAUAGUUUCGUACUUCUAAUUUGCAUCAAUCAGUGUCACAAAUGAAUUUGCAGAGUCUUUUUCAAGACUUUAAUCCGAGUAAAUUUUUAGUAUACUUUUGCCUCCUCCUCUUCACCCUUUUGUUUUGCUUGAGGCUUGAUGGCACAAUUACUUGGAGUUACUGGGCUGUUUUUAUGCCACUGUGGGUGUGGAAAUCCAUGGUUAUCGCAGGAUCCUGUGUUGGCAGCUAUGUUUGGUGGCGACAUCCACAAUAUAGGGUUGAAGGGGAAGGAUACAUACAUUAUAAAGCAAUGCUAAUUAGUGUAGUUUUGCAAGUCCUUUUACUGAUGUUUGAAGUUCUUGUUUGUGAUAAAUUGGAAAAUAAUAGGCAUUGGUGGAUGCUGGUUUUUGUCCCAUUGAUAUUUAUUUCAAUUAUAUCAAUUGUGGUGUGCAUUUGGGCUGUAAAGCAUGAUCGUUCAUUUGAGCUGGAACUGUUUUGUUCUGUUAAUAUUCUUCAGUUCAUUUUUCUUGCUUUGCGACUAGAUGAAAUCAUCAUGUGGAACUGGGUUGUUGUUUUUGUUCCAUUAUGGAUUGUGAUGUGCAUGGCUGUGAUAGGUGUUUUGUAUGCCAUAAUAUUUGCUAGUAUUUUACUCCGUACUCCAGAAGUUAGUGCUGAACAAAGACGUACAAGUAUGCAUUCUGCUGUCUCCUAUAGUGUCAUAGUUAUCCCUCUUUUAAUAUAUCUUGUUCUACUAUCAAACAAACUCGAUAGUGAAAGCAGUUUGACUUAUGCAGCAACUUGCAUUCCUUUGUACUUCACAUUCAUUGUUUUAAUCCUGUUGUCUUUUGGAUCUAAAGGUGGAAAUCACUGGUGGUUUGGAAUCAGGAAAGAUUUUUGUCAGUUUGUGUUAAGUGUAUGUCCAUUGCUCCAGGAAUAUGGAAACAUUUCUUACAGUCUGCAUAGCAACGAACCAGAAGAUGCUGAACCUCCAGUACAAGUUACAUCACGUGGAAAACCUCCAUAUUUUCAAUCAAAGAAAAAAAGUGCCUCUAAUCAAGCAGAAUUGAGAGUUGUUGUACCUGCACUUUCUAUUGAAACGCCAGAUUAACUCAUCUUUGAAAUUAAACUUUCAUUAAAUGUCAAAUUUCGCACACAAGAAUUUAUCUCCAGUAAACAUUUUUUUAAGCAUCCUCUCUUAUUUUACAUAUUAAAAAGUAUAAUACAUGUAUAACUUGUAAGGCUAUUU